AUGUGGAAACUCAACAGGAAGCUCGUUCGCCUCACUUGUCGUCUUUACUCAAACUCGGGCCCAAGCUCGCCCCUUCAUGGGAAGAAGAAGCUGCCGCAGAAUUUGAAAUUCGUUGUCUUGAACCCUACCCAAUCUGGACUGGUGAAAAGUGACCAGAAACUAAGUAGGCACAGGCCGUCCAGGAGAUAUGCUCAAAAGGAAAACGGAAACGAUGAUGCUGACUUCGGCUCGAAACUCCUUGUAUUCGAGAAGCAGAACUCGCUGGAUUCUGCAUUGAACUCUAUCCGAUUGAAAAAGCCAAUAAGCGCCAGCCUGCCCUCCUUCGAAUACAAUGCUCUCCUCCAAUUACUUUCAUCCAGCUACAACCGUUACCAACUGCGUGAGUUCAUCUCCUCACAUCAUCCUGCCUCCCCUUUACAUCUGACACACUGGAAGAAAAGCAAACUGUCGCAGUAUAUAAUUGAAAAAGUCUGGCAAUGUCAACCAAUGUCCACACCCGCCAUACCCACGGGCAUCAAAUCUACAUCGUUGACUUUUCAGUUCGAUUCGCCUAGGGAGAUAUUCCUUUUGCUCAUCACUCAAAAUGGUAAAAUCCUAACCAACUUCAACAAACUCGGGCUGACCUUUAUCAUCUCCAUCCAGGAUAACGAAUUGACCAUCAAGGGUUCGCCUAGCUUGCUCAAAUACGUGGAAAUAUCCUUGAACAAAAUAUGGUCAAACAUUACUCAUGAAAACGUGCGUGUAUGUUCGUCCAUGCCAUCCAAAGACGUGAUCAACCUAAUCCAGAAGGAAACUCACACUUUUUUUGAAUACCUCCCGGAUUCGCAAAUGCACAAAAUCUCAGCCUUGAGUAGCAAGAAGAUAUCCAUGGCCAAAGUCUUCUUGCUAAACGCCCUUGCUUCCAACCAGCACACAACUCAACACCAGGACAUAAUAUCCUCUCCAGCGGCCAAAUCAGAGUACUAUCCAUUCAACAACACUCUCGAGAACUUAGAUUGGCUGAACAAGUCUCAAGACUGGUCAAGAUUACAGUCGACUGUUACUAAAAAUUGCACAGAUCUACCAGCCCGCACCACUCCACAGUUGACAGAUGCACAGAUCAAUCAAUACGAAAAUUUCUUGUCCACUAAUGCGCCAUCUCUCUCCACCUCCAACUCCAUUUCUCAAUGCUUGUCGAUGUCAUUAGGGUACUCGUUGCAAUGUGCUUCUUCUCCCAGUAUUUUCCAACCUUUAAUACAUAAGAGUUUUAUUUCAAAAUUAUUAAAUCUACCUAUUCACAAAGAAUUGGCAUCGUCCGUACCCGCUUCUCUUAGUGACCAUCUAAUAACAAACGCACAUCAAUCCUUUGUGCAAUUGAAUUUCACCCCUGUGCCACUCAAUAGAAGUUCCCCGUCACCCCCUUUUAUGCAGAUUUGGUUUGAGAUCGACGAAUUCGAUAAUAUAAUUACCACUUCAAUGAGGCCCCUUCUGAAAUUGCAAGAAAAUUCCGUUGUCUUGAGAGCUCCGCAUUGUCAAACAGACUACAAAAUCACGUCAGAUUACAUUCAAGAUAUUUUGCCUUGUUUCGAUCAGACCCAACCUGAUGCUUGGCUUUCUGAACAAAAUGGCCUCCGAGAGUUUCUCGUCAAGUCUCACUGGAAAUUAAACAAGUAUCAAAAUCUUUUGAAAAAAAUCACAAUUAACUUGCCGGAAAACCUAGUACAGCAGUAUCAAUUGACUGAUAUUUUGACCCAUCGCGUCUUGAAUUUACGAUUUCCUGCCAACGGUGCCCAUGAUGAUAAAUACAUCAUUCAGUAUUCUGAUAUCAGCCGUGGGUUUGUAAAUAAUGGCUCCUAUAAACAAUUGGAUUUCAUUAAUGUGAACCCGAAUGAAACCUCACUGAAAACUUUUAUUAAUGAUGUUCUAAAUUUUUAA